CAUAAAGGUGUCACCAGGAAGCAGGUGAAUCGACACGCCCAGCUUGCUCGGCAGGUAGAGCCGGUUACUACAACUUUGGCGUCGCUGAUCUCGGGAAGAGAGCUGGAGACAUUCUUCUAGGGAUGAACAAGUGACUACCGGCAGGUUUUACCACAGCAGACGGCCCCAGUCAAAAUCUACCAUCGAUCAAGUGAGAACAACAGAAAAAAAAAACACACAAAAAAACGAUGAAGCUGGUGAUUUUUUUUGUCGCCGUCAGCGUGGCGGUUAUGGUAGCGAUGAUUUUCCAGACUCUGCGGCAGGAGCUGAGUCUGCGUAACCUGAGGGCCCGCAUGGUGGAGAGCUCUGCGGAGGUGAAGAGGAGGGAAGACUCCAUCAUGGACAUGAAAAGUAAAAUCCAGGAGCUCAAAUCCACAGUGGACAACGCCAACCUGAAGCUGGAGGACCUGAAGAAGGAGAAGACGGAGAAGGAGAAGGCGCUGCAGGAGGCUGAGAAAAGUCUGGAGACCUGCAACGCGGCGAAGGGAAACGCUGAAAAGAAGAAGACCGAGUUGGAAGAAUCCAUAAAUAAGCUCAAAACUGAUCAUGAAGCAGCCAAGAAUAAGGCUGAAGAGGAGAUUGGGAACUUGAAACAACAGAUCUUGGACAGAGAAAAAGCAAUUUGUGCCCAUGCAGAUAUGACUAAGGAAGAAGCACGGAAACUGUGUGGAGAGUCCGCUCCACCACAAUAAAAUCAAAUCCGAGUAAACUUGGUUGAACUUUUCCACGCAGGGUCAAACCUGAGAAGAACCAUCUAUAAGUUCUGUUGGCAUCUUUUUUUUUGUUUGUUUGUCUUCUUAUUUUUAUAUGUAUUGUUGUCAUGCACAUUUAGCUGACCUAUGGGAAAAGGGAAAUAGUUUUUCACAUUUUUAUUUAAAUUUUGUUCUGUUUUUGAAGUGAUUGUUUCGGUUGAAUAUUGUUUGGCUUCUUGAAUCUUUACUUUAAAACGUAUUCUGUAUUGUGGAAUUCAUUAUUUACACUGCUAGACUCAAAUAAUUUUGUUAUUAUCUGAAACAUCACUGUAGGCACAACAGUAAAAUAGUUAAAUAAUGUGACAAGCCUUCAGCUGAGAGGUUUAGUCCUUUGACUCCCUCUAGUGGAGAAUUUAAGGGUUUUUUUUUUCCAUAGUGUCAAUGGCAAAACCUUUUGUAAUACUUUGGUUGUGCUUAGUAAAUAUUCAUUGUAGAAAAAUGUUUUAAAAUGAGAAAAACAAUCUGACACUUGAGGGAUUUAAAGCAAUGAAAACUUUGCACCAUUUAUUUUCUGGUUAUGAGUUGGUUAUUAAAGCUGGCAAUUUUCAAAAUUGUCUGCUAAAAGCUUUGUGGUUUCUGAAUAUGUUCAAUUUUUAAUAUUUAUUUUCUAUGCAGUUGUGCUUAGUCUCUUUAUUUUUGCCCAUUUAUUGUGUUUAUAUAUAUAUAUAUUAGCUUCCCUAACCAUGUUGCCUCUGCAGUCAGACAUUUAGCAUUUGUUUUAUUUUUAUCAGAAUUUCAGAGAAAAAGUGUAAAAAAAUAACAAGACUUGUUAAAACUUUCACAACUUUUUAAAAGAGAGGAGACAGUCAUUUUCACAUAGACCAAUUUGUUUAAAAUGGGGUUUAUCCAAAUAAAAUGCCUAUAAAUUGUAA